ACUUCUCAGGUUCGGCGUUAUCCGGGUGUAAAGCUAGAGAAGCCGGUUGUCGGGCAUCAUCAGGCCGCCGGCCUAGUGACUACGGUUUGGUUUUUAUUUAAAGUUUAACGUUUUUGUGAGGUACGAUGGCUCUUUGAAAUGGCGCAGAAAGACACUCUGUUACAUCUCUUCGCAGGGGGGUGUGGUGGAACUGUAGGUGCCAUCAUGACCUGCCCCCUGGAGGUAUUAAAAACCAGACUACAGUCAUCUGGCCUCACCCUCAGACCUGUUUUCCAGGUCCAGCUGGGCGCAUUCAAUGGUGCUGGCGUCAUUAGACCAGGACCCGUCACCCCUGGCUUGCUACAGGUGUUACGGUCAAUUCUAGAGAAAGAGGGACCAAAAUCUCUAUUCAGAGGAUUGGGUCCAAAUCUUGUUGGUGUUGCACCCUCAAGGGCGAUCUACUUUGCAGCUUAUUCAAAGUCAAAAGAGACUUUCAAUGGCAUCUUUGUCCCAAACAGUGGAAUUGUCCACAUGUCCUCAGCUGGCUUUGCAGCAUUUGUCACAAACUCCCUGAUGAAUCCCGUCUGGAUGGUCAAAACGAGAAUGCAGCUUGAGAGGAAGGCACGUGGGGAGAAGAAAAUGAACGCGUUACAAUGCGCGCGGUACGUGUACAAGACUGAAGGUAUGCGAGGUUUUUACCGGGGGCUGACAGCAUCGUACGCCGGCAUCUCCGAGACCAUGAUCUGCUUCCUUAUUUAUGAGACGCUGAAGAAGUACCUAGCGCAGAGUCGAUUCACCACACCUGACACUGACACAGAAAAAGGGGCUUCAGAUUUCUUGGGCCUCAUGGUUGCUGCUGCAUUUGCCAAGGGUUGCGCCUCCUGCAUAGCCUAUCCACACGAGGUAAUUCGGACAAGACUAAGAGAAGAGGGAAGCAAAUACAAGUACUUCUUUCAGACGGCGCGCCUUGUGGCGGUGGAAGAGGGAUAUGCAGCUUUUUACAGAGGACUCAUUCCACAGCUCAUCAGACAGAUCCCCAACACGGCCAUAGUGCUGUCCACCUAUGAGCUCAUUGUCCAUCUGCUGGGUGAACCCUCCAAAUAAAGCUGCACACACUAAGCACAAAGAUACUUUUGACCUGCAGCUAAAGUGGACAGAAAAGAAUCCAUUGUGGAAAGGGAUGUUUAUUUGAAUUACCCAAAGACUUUAAAUAGCUUUUUUUUAUUUUAAGUUGACUGCAUAUGUUAUCAGAACUGUUUUGCUUGUUUGUGUGUUAUGUAAAUGGAGCAUAUUGCAUAGCUACUCCACGAUGUUUGUGUAUACUGUAUCAGUGUACAGCAAAAGUUCAUCUGAAUAUAAAAAUAGUGCUUUUAAGUUAACUAAAUUAUUCUUAUUAUAAGUAGCGUUUUGUUGCAGGCCAUUGAAGUCUUUGGAUCUAUGAUAUGGUUAUGUUAUGGUUUGGAGUUAAUCAUUAUUGGAUCCGAGUUUUAUUAUUAUGUUCUUGGAAGGAAUGCAAAUGAUACUGUAAUGGGGGCUUAGAAUAGCUUGUUAGGAGCCGACAAGCUCACAUUGCAAUAUUGCUUCAUGACAACUAGUAGCACUGGAAUCUGACCAAUCAAUUCCAUUCACCUCUUUACUAGAAACCUUUCAUCUGUUUACUAUAUGUUAUAGUUGUUAAUCUUUUACAGAAAAGGAGGACCUUGAUGCAUAUGCUGCUGUUGGUUUGAUAAAUUAAAUAAGGAAAAUUAUUUGUUGUUGUUGGGAAUGCACAGAUAAAAUGAACCACGUAAAUAAACGUACCUUUUUAAGACUGUUUGGAUGAAUUUAUGUCUGUUAACAAGGCUUUGAAAACAAAAGGGUAGAGUCAAUGAUCCCAGGAUCCCAACUGUUUACUUCCAAAACAUGAACAAAGAACAUGAUCUUUGAGCCUUCUAGUAGUAGAUGUCAUAUCUCUUGUGCCACAAUGCUGUACAAAGUGAGAGGCAUGUAGGAAUCAUUUAUGUUGAAGAUAAUGAUCAAGUAGUCAACAUAUGUGCGUCUAAGCAUGUUAUCUUGUGUUAAUUAAGAUUCAACUUGAUUACUGAUACAAUACUUAUUUUAUACACAAAACUUUAAGGUGAAAGGUGAGAAUUUACCUUCUAGAAAAACAAAAGUUGUAAGGCCUUUGUAAAGCUUGUGCAUGGCUGUUACAUCUGUUGCCUCAAGAGGGCAGGUUUAUACCAUAUAAACCUGCUUCAGUUCACUUUCUUACAGCUAAUGUAAUUUCUGCAAAUUUCAAAUAAGUGAUGAAAUAGAACAGAUAAAGCAAAUUGGUUUAAUUUUAAAAACAUUAAAAAAUUCAAAAUGUAAAUAAGGAAACCGUGCAAAACUUACCUGUGCAGCAUAGGUAUGGAGUGUACAAAACAAUAUUGUACAAAAACAUUUUUUUUUAUUUAAGAACUGAUAACUUAUGUCUGUUAUUGCAUCGAUUAUUUAUAUUCUAAUUAUGUAAUUAACAUAAUAAUUUAACAUUAUUAUUAUUAUUACUUAAUCCCGUUUAGAAGUCCGACCUUUAUUUUGACAUGUCUUGAUACCGCACUCAUGACCUGGAUAUGACCGCGGCCGCGCUAGAUUGACGCGCGCUUCUGUUGCCGCAUGCACUACUCCAGCGUGCGGAUUCUUGUGAAUAACACUACAGUCAAUAUCCCGUUUCGCAAUGGAGUCCUUUAACCAAAUAUUACUACAGUACCCGCCAUUUUUAGUUGGAGGUGUCGGAGCAACGGCGAUUGCUGCAGGAGGAACGCUAAUCUAUAGAAUUGCAACCAGG